GGUCGCCGUGGGCGGGGCUGCUGACGGUGCCGUGGCGUCGCCCCGCAAAGGGUCGGCUCGCGCUUAGCCUUCCAGAUCGACUGGUGGUGACCGCGGCUGUGCGUGGGAGGGAACCGUUGUUUUUCUGAGUCUCUCUCUUCCAGGCUCUGUUCAGUGGUCGGCAUGGCCCGUGGAAAUCAAAGAGAACUUGCCCGCCAGAAAAACAUGAAGAAAACCCAGGAAAUUAGCAAGGGAAAAAGAAAAGAGGAUAGCUUGACUACCUCUCAGAGAAAGCAGAGGGAUUCUGAGAUCAUGCAACAAAAGCAGAAGGCAGCUAAUGAGAAGAAGUCUCUGCAGACAAGAGAAAAAUGAUGACUGGCUAAUUUGGAAAACCUGGGUGCUACUGCCAACUAGGUGUAUCAUACACUCUAAGAUCAAGAUUUUAUAGAGUGAACAGUCACUACAUAUGUUAUAGCUUAUCCUUCUAAAACAGUCUAUUUUAAACUUGACCUUUCAGCCUGACUUAGUGUAAUGUUUUAGAACCAUUCUUUGAAAAAUAAAACACUAACCAUGCAUGUAA